AUGAGUGAUAGUGUAACAACAAAUGAUAUUUCUGAUAAACCAAUAAAGGUAAACAAAUGGGAAACAAAUGCAGUCAAAAAUGCACUAGAUGAUGCAUGCAAAAAAUUUUUCAAAGAGACUCUCAAUUAUACUGAAGAUUAUACAUUAAUGGAUCGUCGUCUUUAUAUCUCAUUUAUUGCAUGUUUAUUUUCACUAUUUGCUCUCAUUUAUGAUUGGUUUAAUCCAUUUCCAAAAUCUCGUUCCGUACUCAUUCUUUGUGUUAUCUCUUAUUUUAUUCUCAUGGGUAUUCUUACAAUAUAUAUGCAAUUUAUUGAACGUGGCAUAUUUUUUAGUGGUAAACUUGUUGAUAAAACUGGUAUUGAUCCCGUAUCACGAUGUACAAUAAGUUCUAAAUUGAAAAAAUAUGAUGAUAACUAUUUUUUAACCUGGGAACAUAAUGAUAAAAGAGGUAAAGCAGCAGGUUCAUUCAUUAGUUCUGUAGGCAAUUAUUUUGAUGAAAAUGGUGUUUUAUGUUAUGAUCGAUUUACUAGUGCUUUAAAAAAGACUUAUGAUCCAGCACGUGUGUAUGCUCAUAAAGUUCAAUAA